AGCAUUCUUGUGAGAGUUUUGGUCUAUUUGAUUUGAGUUAGAAAAAGGCCAAAACAAAAACCAAAACCCAUCAUUCCUUCUUCUUCAUCAUCCAUAGCCACCGUCUGACACCACCGCACUAGAUUUUAUAUAUAUUGUCUCCGAUCAAACAUUCUCGUCUUCUUCGGUCGGAAUUCUGAAAUGGGUUUUCAUCAAAACUCGCAAUUCUUGAUUAAUCUCAUCAAAUUUUGCAUCUUUUUAUGAAAUUCGACUGAAGAGAGAAGGAAAAGUUCGCAACUUUUCUUUCCUCUGUCUCUUUUUUUUUUUAUAUUUAUUUUGAGUUUUCUGAUCUAAUUUAAUGGCUGCGAUCACUGAGAUGGCCACUGAUUCAAAUGAGGUAAUCAACGAUGGUGGAGACGGAAUUGAGAAGGGCUUGAUGAGGACGGAUUCUAAACCGGAAGCCGAAUCGGACCUCAAACCGAAAUCUAAACCGGAAUAUGAUCAAAUGAAGAAGCUUGUAGCCAUGUUCAAGAAACUCAAUCCUGAAGCUAAGGAAUUUUUCCCUUCUUACAAGAAGAAUACUAAUCAGUCUCUGUCUUCUGACGAUUUUGUGAUUGCUAAAAAGCCAUCUGGUGAAGACAACAAAAAGGAUGGCAUUAACCGGAGGAGAAGAAACAACUAUAACCAAGGGAGGAGAGUGAGGUUACCUGGAAGAGCUUCUAAGGCUCAAAGAGAAGUUAGUAUUAGAAGAACAGUAUAUGUCUCUGACAUUGAUCAGAGUGUGACUGAGGAAGUCCUUGCUGGGUUGUUCAGCAGCUGUGGGCAAGUUGUUGAUUGUCGAAUCUGUGGAGAUCCAAAUUCAGUUCUUCGCUUUGCGUUUGUUGAGUUUUCUGAUGACCAAGGUGCACGAGCGGCUUUAAGUCUUGGUGGGACGAUGAUCGGAUAUUACCCUGUUAGAGUCUUACCUUCAAAAACUGCUAUUCUUCCAGUGAAUCCCACAUUUCUCCCCAGGUCAGAAGAUGAAAGAGAGAUGUGUACAAGAACCAUCUACUGCACAAAUGUUGACAAGAAUGCCACUGAAGAUGUUGUCAAAACCUUCUUUCAGUCUGCCUGCGGUGAGGUUACUCGCUUAAGGCUUCUUGGUGAUCAAGUGCAUUCUACUCGCAUAGCUUUUGUUGAAUUCGCCAUGGCAGAGAGUGCAGUUGCAGCGCUAAACUGCAGCGGAAUAGUCUUAGGAUCUCAGCCGAUAAGGGUAAGCCCUUCAAAAACACCAGUAAGAUCGCGAAUUACUCGAUCACCAUCGCCAAACUAGGAGAAAACAGAACCGAAGAGGCUCUGUUGAUGAAGGAGAGUGUUGCAACAUUAAGUUAUUUAUUUUAUUGUUUCAGUUGUCUUUCUUUUUUCUUUCUAGAGCAGUUAUUUUCCGGUUAUGUAGUAUCUGGAAAGACAGGCAACCAUGAACAUGCUUCUUGAAUUUUGGAGUUCUUGUGCUGAGUUUUUUUUACUUAUUGAGUCAUAUAAUCUUUCUUUGAAGGAAUUAUUUGAUCA